AUGGCAUCAUUUGAGGCGACCAUUAGCCUGAAUAACUCUCGGGCAGCGUUCAUCGAACGCGUUUACAAGGAGCUGCUCACAGAAGAGGCGAAAAGCCUCACAAUCUCCAAUCUCCAGGGUAAACUCGAGAUCCUGGAGACCUACUGGGAAAAGUUCGAGAGCACUCAUGAGAAGCUCAUCGCUGGCAGCGGCAAGAUCGAAGGGAUCCUUGAAUUGCCGUACUUUAGGGACCAUCGGUUCGACAUUACUAUCGGGCAUUAUCAUGAGGCAAGGGGUAUUUUAAGCCAGCUCAUUGAUAAAAGGGGGAUCUCAGGUUCAUCUCGUCGGUCUCUCGCGUCUGGGACGGCACAGCCCACAUACUCCAAGCGUUAUCUCCCUGAGAUUUCUCUGCCCAAGUUCGGAGGGGCCUAUGCGGACUGGCGCUCGUUCCGCGAUCUUUUCGCAUCUCUGGUCGGCUCGAAUACAGACCUAUCCAACGUGGAGAAGAUGCAGUAUCUUCGUACUAGUCUCUCAGGGGAGCCAGCUCAACGCAUUGCGAAGGUUCACCACGGCACCGCUCAACCACCACAAAAAUCGAGGCCAGCUCUCAAGUCCGCUCCAUCAGGGAAGGUCACGUACUCGUGCUCGAUGUGUGAGGCAGACCAUUACCUCACAUCCUGCUCAUCCUUCCGUCAACUUUCGGUAUCAGCUCGUAGGGAGGUAGUAGAGCGUCGCUACCUCUGCUACAAUUGCCUUGGUCGGCACUCGGUGAGGGACUGCAGGUCCAAGACCAAGUGCCAGUAUUGCGGGGGCCUCCACCACUCGAUGCUCCACAACCAGCCAUCGAGUCAGCCUCAACGUCCAGCUCAGCAGAGGCAACAGACCAACUCAACCCAGCAAAAGGCCGUUCCGGACUCGCUUACCAAGAUUCUAGGGGUUUCUUGGCAUCUUGGAACGGACAACUUCAAGUUCUCCGUCACUCAGCCUGAGACCAGCUUAAUAACGAAGAGAAUCAUUUUAUCGGAAACGGCUCAACUCUUCGAUCCACUGGGUUUCCUAGCGCCAGUGGUCAUACGAGCGAAGAUAUUGCUCCAGGCUCUAUGGAUCGAGAAACUGGGAUGGGACGAACCAGUUUCCCAGACAACUGCUCAACGAUGGAGCCAAUUCAGGGAGGAGCUCACACAGUUAUCAGAGAUCACCAUACCUCGGUGGCUUGGACUGCUCACGGAUUCCGUCGUCGAAGUACACGGUUUUUCCGACGCAUCACAAGUGGCGAUGUCAGCCGUGAUCUAUCUCAAGGUUCUCAACAAGGGAAAAUCACAACUCACAUUGGUUUGCUCAAAAACGAAGGUCGCACCGCUCAAACGGCUGACAAUCCCACGACUAGAACUCACUGCGGCUCUCCUCCUGGCCAAACUGACUAAGUACGUCAAGGACCAACUCAAUCUCACGAACGCCACCACCUAUCUCUGGACCGACUCAUCGGUCACGCUCACGUGGAUCAGCUCACACUCCUCAAGAUGGAAGGAGUUCGUGAAAAAUCGGGUGGCACUCAUCCAGGAGCUCACUCAGCAGGCUCAUUGGAGAUUGGUACCGGGCAAGGAGAAUCCUGCAGACUGGGCAUCUCGAGGUCUAUCAGCGCACCAACUGGUAUCUCAUAAGCUCUGGUGGAAAGGGCCACCAUGGCUUCAUCAAGACUGCUCAUCAUGGCCAACUCACGCUCUGGAAAAAGACCUCAGCGCAGACCUCGAGGAAAAGCCAGGAGUUCUCCUACAUGUAAAAGCUCAUCCAAUCGCGCUCUGGAAUCUCGUCGACAGAUUCUCAUCGUUCAACCGACUGCUCAGGGUCACAGCAAUCUGUCGACGAUUCAUAGCUCGGCUCAGGAAAACCCCCAACUCUUCUCUUCGAUACCCGCUCACUCUUGGUGAUCUUGAAGAGGCUCGCAUCCUCUGGAUCAAACUCACGCAGGCAGCUCACUUCAAGGAUCAACUCAGAGCGAUCUCACGAGGGGAAAGGUUCAGCAAAUCCCACCCCCUCACCAAGCUCACACCCUUCAUCGAUCGCCAAGGGGUAUUGAGGAUAGGAGGACGGCUCAAGUUUGCUCACAUAGGCCCGGAGAGCCGGAACCAAGUGAUUAUUCCGAAGGAAUCUCAACUGGCUCAGCUACUCAUCGGACAGGCUCAUCUAAGGACACUCCACGGAGGCACACAGCUCACCCUCAGGCAGCUCAGAAGUAGCUACUGGAUACUCGGAGGUCGAGCACCAGUACGCUCCUUCAUCCUCAAGUGCGUUAACUGCACUCGCCAACGUGGAGUACGCGCUCAACAGCUCAUGGGCCAGUUGCCACCAGCCAGACUCACUCCCGCUCGAGCCUUUCUCAACACUGGGAUCGACUAUGCCGGCCCAGUGUCUCUACGGUCCUGGAAAGGGCGGGGACACAAGUCGUACAAAGGCUGGUUGGCUAUCUUUGUCUGCAUGACCACCUCAGCGGUCCAUCUCGAGGUCGUGUCAGACUACUCAGCCGAGGGGUUCAUCGCGGCGUAUAGACGCUUUUCAAGUCGGCGUGGGAUCGCUCAUUCCUUGUUCAGUGACUGUGGGACCAAUUUCCUUGGCGCUGACAAGGAACUAAAGAAGCUCUUCUCGUCAGGAUCAGCUCAAUCAAGACAGCUCGCACAGCUCCUCAUCAAUGAUGGGACUCAGUGGUCCUUCAAUCCUCCAGUGCUCAACUCACGACCACUGGAACCGCUCACGGAUGAUCCUGAUGACUGUUCAGCCUUGACACCAGGGCAUUUUCUCAUCGGUCAGGCUCCCACGACUCUUCCAGAGCCAUCUUUAGAGCAACUCAACGUCUCAAGGCUCUCUAGAUGGCAGCUCAUUCAGCAGAAGCUUCAAGGAUUCUGGAAGAGGUGGUCCACGGGAUAUCUCCAACGUCUUCAAGCGAUAUCCAAGUGGCACCAUCCGACUCAUCAGAUACGGAUCGGCUCACUGGUUCUACUCACGGACGAGAGAUUCCCGCCAGCGAAGUGGCCUCUCGCCCGAGUGACCGCUCUGCACCCAGGAUCGGACGGACUCACCAGGGUAGUCACCAUCAGGACUGCUCAGACGACGCUGACGAGGCCAAUCGCCAAGCUCGUCCUCUUGCCCAUCUCACCUUCAGGGGAAUAG